UCUGCCGCCAUCUCACACCUCCAUGCCCCCCGAGCAAUGGCCAGGCUGUUCCAUCCAUUUGCAUCGGACAACCACGACCAGGUUGUGGAUGCGGCCAUGUUGGAGGGCGAGCUGAAUCAAAUGGCCAACGACAAUGCGAUGCUUUUGCGCACUCACAACAAAACGUACAUCCUGUCGAUCCAUUCUCCGUUCAAAAUGUAUUGGGACGCGCUGAUUGCCGUCGCCACGUGCUAUGCGCUCGUGUAUAUCCCGGCCAACAUUGCGUUCGGGUUGAGUGACACGAACCGCGCCAUGUUUGACGUCCAAGUGGCUGUGGACAUGCUGCUCGUCCUGGACAUCCUCCUUCGAUUCCAAACGUCGUACGAAGAUCCGUCGACCCACCAAGAAGUGUUUGACGUCGCCCGAUUACGCCGCCGGUACAUGGUGCGGUGGUUUCCGCUCGACUUUUUAGGCAGCGUGCCGUCGUCGUUCUUGGGUCCGGACGCGUACAUUCGGUACCCCCAGCUCAAGGUCAUUCGGUUGUGCAUUGUCUUGCGGGUAAAAUGCUAACGUUACGAAGUUGCAUGCUUUCCUUAUCGAGGAGGAUGGCGAC